AUGGAUGAAGUAUACCACAUCUCUUCUACUGAGAAGGUCCAGCAGCUGGAAAGAGAACUAGCAGCACAGCUGGCAGAGCUGAAGGCACAAAUAGAAGACAAUGGGGUACUUCAGGGAACACCAAACAGGGCAUACAGUUCUGUUCCAGUUCCAAAAGAUGCAACUUAUUUCAGAAUAGAAAGAGAGAGAAUACUGAAGAGAGUCUUACAGGUGGCAGAAGCGAAGCCCCUUGUUAUUCAGGCUGAUGUCAUGCAGAGGGAGUUAGAGAGCUGCUGGACAAGGGAGUACGCAGCAACAACCUUGCCGCUGCUGCUGCACCAGUUUUUUACAGACAGAAUCACUCAGCUAGUCCAGAGUAAAUAUUUGCACAUGCUCAGAUGGAAAAGAUUUUGCACGCACAGCAGUGUUAUUGAGCAGCUUUAUCCUCUCUAUCAGGUGGUUUGA